CAUUGAAUGAUGCUAUUUGCGGCGCCGUGCGUAUCCGUCCGGUUCCGUCAGCGUCUUCCUCGGGUUCCUCCUGCGGUGGAGUCCUGGUCGCCCUCGCCCGCCCGUCACCUCCUCCGAGUCGACUCCACUCGUGGCGAGAAUAGCUGAUACAAAGCAGCUUCGGAGUCCGCGAAACGCGAUGCUGUUACGGUUCAGCGAGGAUUCUAGCUAGUCAAGAGCGUCUGCCCGGCGAGAUGAAGCGUCCGACCGGUGGCAAGGGCGGCGCGGUGGACCCGUCUCCGCUGCGAACCAGGUGUAAGGAGUGCCACGGCGCGCUUGUUGUCGUCGGAGCUGACUCCGGUAUGCAUGCAUCUGCUGCUCAGGGCAGUACUAUGGGCGCAGGCAGCAUGGACAGUUCUUAUGUAGUAUUAUCAAAGAACAAUAGAUCUCAAGGUCCUGGAAUCCCCCCACGUCCACGAAGUGCAGCAGCCCCACAUAUUGAACCUAACCAACCACCAAGGCCAAUAGAGGGUUCAUAUAUUAUGCUUCCACCUCCUGCUGCUUCCAUAUACAAGACAUCUUCCUCUGAAGGAGUUGGUAGACAGCUGCUGCCACCAAGUGUUAACUCCAGUAGCUCUAUGCCAGGAAAUAAUUCUGGAUUUUUCUCUAGUGUUACUGUAUUGAAAAGAGCAUUUGAGAUUGCUACCUCACAAACUCAGGUUAAGCAGCCACUUUGUCUAGAAUGUAUGAGAAUUCUUUCUGAUAAGAUGGAUUUUGAGAUUGAAGAUAUUAGUUGUGAUAUUAAAGCUUAUGAGGCUUCUCUUCAACAUUUGGAGCAGGAGUCCUACAGCAUCCUCAGUGAAAUGGAUUUUCUUAAGGAGAAAAAAAAGAUUGAGGAAGAAGAAAAGAAACUUAGACCUGAUAUUGAAGAAGCUGAAAAGCAAUAUUCAGAAGUUAUUUCUGAGAUGAAAGAUCUUGAAACAAAAUGUAAACAUUUUAAGGAAUUGAAAGAGCAAUACUGGCAAGAAUUCAACAGCUUUUGUUUUCAGCGGAAAUCUCAUCAGGAAGAACAAAAUGCUAUUUUGGCAAAAAUAGAAGUUUCUCAGGCCCAUCUGGAACUGUUAAAGCACACAAAUGUUCUGAAUGAUGCAUUCUAUAUUUCACAACAUGGAGUAUUUGGAACAAUAAAUAACCUCCGUCUUGGACACUCUCCUGAGGUUGAGUGGGAUGAGAUAAAUGCUGCUUGGGGUCAAGUUGCACUUCUGUUGCAUAUCAUGGCUCAGUAUUUUACCCCGAAAUAUCAGUAUCCUUGGCACAUAAUGAUAUUUUCUAGAAGUUUAUGUACUCAAUCACUCUUUUCAGAAGUAUAUCCAAAUUAUGGCUCCAUUGGCUUAUUAUUAUGGAUUGAUGGUGACAAAAUAGGGGGCUACAGGGUCGUCCUAGGUGAUUUUAACACGAAAGAGAACUCGACCAAGGCGCUCAAGAACAUGCUUUGCGAUUUGAAAUGGGUUCUCUACUGGUUCAUCGGCACUGCAAGUUUCGACCUGCCCCUGGAUCAAUGCAGGUGCAAACUUCGAAGAGAUAGCUUGAAACCUGACAACUAGGAGCUGGUGAUAACUGACAAUACGUCACAUUUGAUGUACAGAAGUAGCAUAUGCAUAGAAUGUAACUAUUUUUUUUCACUUGUUGCUUGCUACUCACUCCGUUUUGACUUUUUUAGAUAGAUUAUUUUUACUAUGUAUCUAGAUGUUAGUGUAUAUCUAGAUGCAUAACAAAAAUUAUUGUAUCUAAAAAAACCAAAAUAUCUUAUAAUUUGGAAUGAGGGAAGUAUUUGGUCUGCUCAGUUUA